AUCCACGCAUUGCGGACAAGGAAACAUUCUGCAAAGUAGACAAGGGUCUGUCCCCUUCGAGUCAUUUCCACAUCUUGUGUAGCAGUAUCCUUGUAACUCCCACGCUAGCAUGAUGCAGAAACUGGACACACUCACAGGUUUGAAACAAAUGUACACAAAUUGGAAAAUUUUGUGUGUAAUGCCAUGGUGCAAUUACAAAAAGUACUCGAAAAUUUGGUUAGGGCUAAUAUUUUUCUUUAAUAUAGCCUUUAUAUUCGGGUUGGUAGUGGAUAUGGUAUUAUGUGAAAGUUUGAAACAAGGAUUGUAUAACAGUCCCUUCUACUUUGGAUGCCCGGUGAACGCGACGAAAUAUUUUAUUAUUUUUUUCAUGCGUCAUGAACUAUGGAAACUAAAGGACUUGUUCAGUCUCCUAGAUAAAAAUAUUACUUCUGAGGAGGACCAAAGGCUAAUGAGAAAUGGAAUAAGGAAGGUGCAAUGGAUAUUCAUGACUUAUAAUAUUCUUAUGUGGUUCGUUGGGUACAGCAGAAUAUUAACUUUAUUGCAAACUCGUGGGAAAGUUCUCAUAUUUCCAAUGUGGUUUCCUUUUGGAGGAGUGAUAGGCGUAUCGGUUUUUGAGUCAAUUGUCGCAAAUUUUUUGUGGUUACAGGAUGUUUCCAAUGACAUGUAUGCGCCAUGUUUUUUUAUUUUGUUGAAUGUCCAUAUGAAAAUAUUGAUUCGACACCUGUCGAAUAUUGCGGAAGACCAGAAAAGUCAGGGUUGUUAUUCGGAUCUUACUGCCUGCAUUGAAAGUCACAUUUUAAUUCUAAGAAUCUACGGCGGGCUUAAAUCGAUUAUAUCAAAAACAUUCUUCAUUCAAAUUGUGAUAAGCAGCAUUUCAAUAUGUGUUAAUAUUCUGUCGAUAGCAACUUUCAACUUAUCGAGUGGAGAGAAAGUGUUUUUGAUCACUUAUUCAUGCACGCUUAUUAUGAAGACACUACCAAUAUGUUACUAUGGAGAUCAAUUUUUGGAUUUGACUCAAAUAUUUGCGGACACGGCCUAUGCAACCGAUUGGGUUAACCAGAAUCGAAACUUUCGUAUUGCUAUCCUUUUCAUGAUACAAAAAUCACAGAACCCGGAGUUCAUAUUUGCUGGAGGCAUAGUUCCAAUAUGUCUACCGACAUUCCUUUUUGUUGUUCGGCUUGCUUACUCGUUUUCAGCAUUACUUUUCAACGUAUUGUACCAGGACGUCUAGAUGACAUUUACCUAUCUCACCUUUAGCUUGAAUUCAACAAAAAUUAGGAAAUUUCCCUUCCUCUAUGACCUUUUAUUGAAAAUAUCAUCAACUUUCUUAAAUCGUUGACAAUUUAGUAUUGUUUAAUUGCAUUUUGUCUGUUAUAUAAUA